GUCGGGACGCUUUGUCUGGCUUAUGAAGGCUAAGUACUCAACGCGCUUUGACCCUGACGUCCUGGUGGCGCAGUCUCUCUAUAUUAAGCUGAUCUCGUGGCCACACAGUAUCCUUUUGCCCCGCGCUCUUUGUUCCUAACACAAAGCACACCCGAAGUGAAUAUUCCUCGGUUCGCAUUCGUGGCCUUGCUUUGGCUAAGAUUAAAGCGCCUAUCGACAUCAUCCAAGCGAAGAGUCCUCUGUUCCUAUAUCUACGGCCACUGCUAGGAGACGGCUCUCUUUCGAUCCCACCCCGUCAGAUUGCGCUGGUGACCUCAAACGCAGACGUCCGCCGCGCAGUGCCUACUGGCUAUUGUCUCACUGUGGCGACCCUCUACGGUCUUUUCCCUGCUAUGCAUUUCAACAUGGAGUUCGCACGUACGAUGUCGACUCCCGACAUCUUCAAUCGACCUCUGCCCCCGCUGCCUCCCUCGAUAUCGCCGCGUCCUGCAAGCGGGCGCUCGCAUACAGACAGUCUCUUGACGCGCACAAACAGCGUCAACUCCGAAGACACCCUGUGGACGGCACCUUCGAACGGCAGCGGCAGCCCUACACAAUUCAAGAAGAAUCGGCUAUGGGGCCGCCACAACUCCUUCACCUUCGGACGGAAGAGCAAUCGCCCCAGCCGGCGUUCCUCGCUGACGGAUGAUACGGCCACGUUGGUCUCAUUUGGUGAGGUCGAGAGUCUGUGCGACGACUCGUCUGCGGAGAACGCUGCUAGUGAGACGUCCUCGGCGUUUCCGGAUCUCAACAGGACGGUCGAGCGGUAUGGCAUGCCUCAUCAUCCGUUCAGCAUCGAAGAGGUGCCCUAUAUGCAGUCGUACUCCCCAACUGCACUCGAUAGCGACUACCAUACGUUUGAACUUCUGCGGCGACUCAAUCCGAACAUCAAUUCACCGACCUUCCACGACUACGGCAGGAGACCGCCUAAGAAUGUGCUUGACCUUGGAUGUGGCGAGGGCCACUGGGUCCUGCACGCCGCACGGACAUGGAGGUCGGCAGGCACGCAUGUGACAGGGCUCGACCUCAUCGACUUGUACAACAACGACCAUGGGCGCGUCUCAAGCACGCGUGAAGGAGAGGCGCCACCAAGAAACGUCACCUUCGUGCGCGGGAAUAUCCUCAAACACCGUCUGCCCUUCUCAGAUGGUAGUUUCGAUCUCGUCCGGAUGGCGAAUCUCACGCUCGUCAUCCCCUACUUGGAUUGGGACUUCGUGUUCUUCGAGAUCAAACGCCUGUUCUUCCCGCGGAUCCCCUCGAUCUUAGAAAUGCGCGGCUAUCAGGUCCCUAGUCCUAUCAACCCUGACUUCUCCCCAAACCUCUGGCAAGAGCUCUUGAGCGCUCGCCACGACGCCCAAUCCAUCCAAAGGCUCUUGGUCGCCAGGCAAAGGCACAAGCGGUCCCAGUCUGAUGUCGAGUACGACUCCAGUGCGCAGGCAGCGCAGGAGCUGGAGAAGAUCUUCAAGAGCAUGCUCGUAGACAAGUAUGAAUACGCGCCGGAGACACACCAGUACUUGACACACGCGCUGGAGCACUUCUUUGGUCGCGGCCAGGCGCGGAUGGCCCAUGAGUUCCGCCUCGGAGUACCCUCGCGCGAAUUCGUGGAUGGCGGCGACGUUCGGGAGAGCACCAAGCGGCCCGUCAGGCGACCGAGGCACAGCGACGGCGAUGUGCAGAUACCGACGAGCCCGCGAGACUGCGCGCUGAGAGUGCUUGUUGGAGAUGGAGAAUCCUCGAAGCCGCCGAAGGCUCCCCAACCGUACCAACCGCCUGGGCUCAUCUUACUCCCGACUUCUUUGAACAAGCUCCUUCCGUUCUCUCCUACGGAGCUAGAGAUGCAUGCAGAAGUUGAAACGUCGCCCCUCACUCCGCUACUGCGACUCGGCUCAAGCUCGCCCUCAUUUCAAGGGCGGGAUCGCUCGUCAUCCAACCCCAUCAGCCCUCGCAAACUGAAGACCAAGACAGAGAGGGCAAUAGAAGUGCGCGUGAUCAGAGUCUACAAUGUGGUCAACCUAUAGAAGUUCGUCUGCGAUGUUUUUUGCACGAUUCCCCCUUUCCUGCUCGUUAUUAGUCUAAUUAUCGCCGAUAUUGUGCGAUUCUACGCUCCUUCAAGUUCCUAUCGUUGGUCUUGCACGACCUCCAUGCACACUCGCUAGAUCUCUCGCAGUUAUCACAUAGACGCACUCUGUACCAUAGCAUACACUUGUUGUAGUUCUACGCAUUAUUUGACGAAUAUCCUUA